CAAACUUAGGGAUUAUAGCAAACAGACCACAAUCUGCUAUGGCUGAUCAUACACUUAUAAGUUCCGACGAUUUUCAGCCCUUGGCCGAUUGGAGCGAAGACACAGAAAAUCAUUACUUAAUUGUUCAUCUUCCUGAAUUCAAGAAGGAGCAAAUAAGUAUUACGUGCGUGCGUUCAACUCGAAUAAUUCGACUCCAGGGACAGCGGCAACUCGCCAAUUACAGAUGGAGCCGAUUCAAUCAAUCUUACACAAUUCCACAAAACUGUAUCCUCGAUAAAAUCCAAGCAAAAUGGCAAAAUGAAAUUAUAUCGAUCACAAUGCCAAAGGAGAUCGUCACCCCACCGCCAGUUUCAGCGUCUAAAGAUGAAGCAAAAACUCCGCAACAAGCUCAAAAGACUAAACAAGAACAAUCUCCUCCAAAAGGCGCGAGCUCAAGCUAUAAUACUGAUGGUAAAAGGCAAGCUGACGAGCUUCUGAAAGCACAAAAACCUGAGAAAAAAGAGACCGGGGAUCAAAAGGGUCAAGAUAAAACUUCACCACAAUUACCACAAGUUGGUUCGACGUCGAAGAAAAGUGAUGACCGUGAGAUGUUGAAGGCGGAUCGAAGUGUUGAGCAAACAAGUAAAGAUUUUACCAAGGGUACUGCGGCUGGUUCAGAGAAGGGGUUGAAAGGAAAGAAACAUAAAUCUGGUGAUAAAAAUUUGAAGGAAAGGAAGGCGGUGAAGGAAAUGGCCAUGGAGAAUAAUAAAGAAGAGAGGCAAGCGAUGGUGAACAUGGGCGUGGCGAUUCUUGUGCUUGUGGCGUUUGGUGCUUAUGUCUCGUAUACCAUUGCAUCAAAAGCAAAAGAGAACUAGCUAGCUCUGGCUCGUUCUUGAAAAAUCAAGUGCUUAUCAUAAUUAAGUUGUAAUUAUAUAUCAUUAUCAACAUUUUAAAUGAUAAUAAAAUAAA